GGGCGGGGUUUAGGCCAAAAGACGCGCAGGAGCCGCGCCUGUUAGUGUCGUCCUCACCGUCACGGCGGGCGCCUCUUCCUGGAUUCAUUCAUUCGUUUUUCCAUUCACGAAGGUAGUAAGGCCUACUUGAAAGCCAUGGAGAGCGCUCUUCCUGCCGCCGGCUUCUUGUACUGGGUCGGCGCAGUCACCGUGGCCUACGUGGCCCUGCGCAUCUCGUACUCGCUCUUCACGGCCCUUCGGGUCUGGGGUUUGAGUCACGAGGCAGGGGUCGGACCAAAGCUCGGAGAAUGGGCAGUUGUCACAGGUAGUACUGAUGGAAUUGGAAAAUCAUAUGCAGAAGAGUUAGCAAAACACGGAAUGAAGGUUGUCCUUAUCAGCAGAUCACAGGAUAAACUGAAUCAAGUUUCCAGUGAAAUAAGAGAAAAAUUCAAGGUGGAAACAAGAACCAUCGCUGUUGACUUUGCAUCAGAAGAUAUUUAUGAUAAAAUUAAAACAAGCUUGGCAGAUCUUAAAAUUGGUGUUUUAGUGAACAAUGUGGGAAUGUCAUAUGAGUAUCCUGAAUACUUUUUGGAUGUUCCUGACUUGGACAACACCAUCAAGAAACUGAUAAAUAUUAAUGUUCUUUCUGUUUGUAAGAUGACACGAUUGGUGCUGCCUGGUAUGGUGGAAAGAUCUAAAGGGGCAAUUCUGAACAUCUCCUCUGCCAGUGGCAUAGCCCCAGUUCCACUGUUGGCCAUCUACUCUGCAACCAAGGCUUUUGUGGAUUUCUUCUCUCAGUGCCUCCAUGAGGAAUAUAAGAGCAAGGGCAUCUUUGUGCAGAGUGUUCUGCCGUACUACGUAGCUACAAAGCUGUCGAAAAUCCGAAAGCCAACUCUGGAUAAACCAUCUGCGGAGACGUAUGUGAAGUCUGCACUGAAAACAGUGGGUUUGCAGUCCCGAACCACCGGAUACCCGGUCCAUUCUCUUAUGGACUCCGUAAUUUCAGUCCUGCCUACCUGGCUGUAUUUUAAAAUGACCAUGAAUUUUGGCAAGUCCACGCGGGCUCGCUAUAUGAAGAAAAACAAGAAGAACUAAGCACUGGUAAUUCGCUGAGUAGGUUGGCCCAGUGUGCCAGUCUAAGU